CGUCACAGACGGUGUAAGGCAGAGGGUCUCACGUAGCAACAGAGACAGGUACCAAAAUCCAAAUACAUUAUAAAUCCCCUUUUAUUAUAAGUUGCGCCAAAAAGGAAAAAAAAAAAAAAAACUUUUCCUCUAGAGGGAAACCCAGAGAAAGAGGCAGCGAGAAAAUGCCAGUGGCUAGACCAGAGUCAUCCGAUUCAAGGACAAGGAUCAUCGCUCACGUUGACUUGGAUUGCUUCUACGUUCAAGUGGAGCAGCGUAAGCAGCCCGAGUUGAGGGGCUUACCUACAGCUGUGGUGCAGUACAAUGAGUGGAAAGGUGGGGCUUUGAUUGCAGUUAGUUACGAGGCUCGUAAACUUGGAGUCAAUCGUCACAUGAGAGGUGACGAUGCAAAAGAAGUUUGCCCACAAAUUCACCUGGUUCAAGUACCUGUAGCUAGAGGUAAAGCUGACCUGAACACUUACCGCAAUGCAGGUUCUGAGGUGGUGUCUAUUCUGGCAAGAAAGGGUCGAUGUGAGAGGGCUUCAAUUGAUGAAGUUUAUCUUGACCUUACUGAUUCAGCGGAGGCUAUGCUGAGAGAAACUCCUCCAGAGAGCUUGGAAUCAAUAAAUGAGGAAUCUCGCAAAUCACACAUUUUGGGGCUUAAAAGUGAGGAUGCAAAUGAUGCCCAAGAAAAUGUGAGCAAGUGGUUACGUAGGAGUGAUGCCAAUCACCAAGACAAGUUACUAGCUUGUGGGGCCCUCAUCGUGGCAGAACUUAGGAUGGAAGUCUUAAAGGAAACCCAAUUUACAUGUUCUGCUGGCAUUGCUCAUAACAAGAUGCUAGCCAAACUUGUAAGUGGCAUGAAUAAACCUGCGCAACAAACUGUUGUUCCCUCCUCAUCUGUAAAAGGUUUGCUCGAAUCAUUGCCAAUAAAGAAAAUGAAACAGCUUGGAGGGAAGCUGGGGACUUCAUUACAGACUGACCUGGGUGUGAACACUGUUGGAGACCUCCUGCAGUUUUCAGAGGAAAAGCUACAGGAACGUUUUGGCAUAAAUACAGGUACAUGGUUGUGGAGCAUUGCGAGAGGAAUCAAUGGGGAAGAAGUUCAGGGCCGCCUUCUCCCUAAGAGCCAUGGUGCUGGGAAGUCAUUUCCUGGUCCUCGUGCUUUGAAGACAAUUGCUUCCGUUCAACACUGGCUGAAUCAACUUUGUGAUGAGCUUAAUGAACGUAUUUGCUGUGAUUUGGACCAAAACAAGCGAAUUGCACACACUUUUACUGUUUAUGCUAGCGCAUACAAGUCUUGCGACUCGGAAUCAUAUAAAAAGUUCCCUUCAAAAUCUUGUCCAUUGAGAUAUGGGACUGCUAAGAUUCAAGAGGAUGCAUUUAAUCUAUUUCAAGCUGGAUUACGUGAAUAUAUAGGUUCACACGGAGUCAAAACACUAGGUCAUCAUCACAACGGAUGGGGAAUAACUUCUCUUUCUGUUUCAGCAAGUAAAAUUGUUGCUAUACCAUCUGUUCGAUCACAAAAUACUUUCAUGGACAGUAUACAUCACCCUCUUCAAAGGAAACACAGGAUAGCUUUGUCAAAGAAGCCAUGCCAUUAUCACCAUCAGGCAGUGAAAGCUAUUCGGAGCUGGAACCAACUGAUCAGCUGCAACCUGAGAAUAAUGUACCGUGUUUGGGUCUACAAGAACAGAAAAGAAUUCCAUGGAAAGAUCAGGAUUCAUCUUGUUCUUCAACAGUGCAGACAAAGGAUCGUAGUGGCAAGGGAGCCUCACCACCAUUACCCUCAGGUGUUGUAUUCAAGAAGUGGAUGUUGCUCACUUGUAAACCAAACCGGCUGUCAGGGAGCCUCCAGGGUUGAUUCUACCAUGCCUACUUUGGAACGACAUAAAAGGAAAAUAAAACCUUCUGAUAAGGGAACAAUUUUGAAAUUCUUGAAGAGCUACAAUCUCUCGUGCUCCACACCGAUGCAGGAGAAUGUUGAAAUGGUUAAAGGCUCUCAAUCUCCAAGUUGCAGCAGCUUGGAAGUGAAUCAAGCUGAGCUGCCAAGACGGAGUCUUGCAGAAUGUAGUACGAAUGAUGGCAGCAAUAAUUUGGAUCAAAAUGCACAAAGGGCAUGGAAUUACAAGAUCGACGAGAUUGAUCACUCUAUUGUUAAUGAGUUGCCAUCAGAAAUCCAAGAUGAAAUUCGGGUCUGGCUCCAGGCUCGUCAGCAACAUAGUAUGGUUAAACGUCCUAGUAUAAUUAAACGAGGUUCUAUUGCCCAUUAUUUCUCCCCAGACAGAAAUACAUAGCACAAUCUCAGGCGACAUCGUCCUGUAUAUAGGUGUUAUGUAUGAUUUACGCAUUAUAUUAUAAUUAAAAAAAAAAGCAUCAUUAACCCUGAUUCAAAGCAUGUGUAAUCGCAAUCACAUUGAUUUGAGAUUAAUUGCAAGAUAGCCUUGAGUUAGAGCUGACGCUUAAGUUUCUGGACGUAAAUUAUCCCGAUUUAGAUCAAGUGGUUUUUGUAUUUGCCCACUUGCUUGGAAGACUUGUGGAUUAUGUAGCUUGUAUGUAUUUAUCUAGAAAAGAAAUAAAAUCUCUUUUAGUUGUUAAAUA